UUAAAAUGUUGCCUCCGCCAUUGAGGAUUGUUAUAGUAAAUUAAAUAACAGUAGUUAAAAGAUGGUUUUACUUACCAAAUAUUAUAACUCUUAAUUGGGGGAAGGGUGGAUAGUGGUUUCAACAAUAAUAUAUGUAACAUAUCUUGUUUUAGUUAUUUAACCGGUUUAUAUCGGUUAAAACCAAAAACCAUUCGAGACUAACUCAUUUAUAAUCCAUAAAAAUAAUCGUUGAGGACUUUUUUACCGGUUUGAUUUGUGGUUAACCCGAUGAAAGAAACAGUAGAGAAAUAACACUUGCAAUUGUUUUAUUUUUCCGAGAACGGGCGAAACAAAAUAUUAGUGAAUGAAAUUUCAUGGAAAAAAAAAAACUAUAUAUAUAGGCAAGCGCGGGAAGAAAUUGAGCGGGAAUCCAGAUAUCUGUCACUGGCAAGAAGAGGAAGAGAUGAGCGGAAGUGAGAAAGCGGUUAACCGCCUUAGCCUCAAUUCUCCGCUCCUCCGCUACCUGCAAGGCGCCGCCGCUGCCAGAUCUCCGACUGUCCUGUUUCCGCAUGAUUUCGACGGCGCCGACGCGGAAAAUGCCUUCAGUUCUCCCUCGCCUGUGUCCAAGAAGAACCAGUUCAGCAGCUCUUCCGGAAGCAACGGCCGAGUCGGAGGAGGCAGCAGCACCGGCGGCACCAGCUUUGGGAGAUCGACGGCGUCUUCUUCGCCCCUGUCGUCGUUGUCUUCUUUGGAGAACGCGAGGAAGUCAUCAGUCUUCGGCGUCGGUCCUCUGAAGGCGAUGGAAGACGAUGUGUUGGUGAUGGAUGCGAUCGGCGUUGCUUCAGACGUCGGAGGAACGGCUAGGGUUUGUGGUAGGACUCGCGUGCUGUCUGAGUCCGGCGGUUCGUCUUCGAAUAAUUCUUCGUCUUCUUCGUCAAGGAACAAGAUCAACAAGACUGAACUCUCUUCUUCGUCGGGGAACAAGAUCAACAAGACUGAACUCUCUUCUUCGUCGGGGAACAAGAUCAACAAGACUGAACUCUGUAGGGCUUGGGAGGAUCACGGAUACUGCCGCUACGUCACUAAAUGCCAGUUUGCACAUGGAAAGGAAGAGCUUCGUCCGACAGGUUAUAUCGUCAAGAACAAAUCUGAGGUUGGGAGUAACAGAUCACUGACUCCACCUUCAUACCCUACAAAAUCCCUCAUGUAUUCACCUGGGAUGACAGAAGCUUCAGCAACGGCAAACCAAACAAGAUAUGCUUCCAACACACCCGAACACAGCAACAGGGGCACCUCGAGCUUCAUGAGAUCGGAACUCUCCAGCAGGGGCUCCAUGAGAAGUUCAACUUCGGAUGCCAGGGUCAGUAUCUCCACUCCACCCAGAAUAGACCUUUCAAGCAGAAGCUCAACAUCCAUCAAGAAACCUGAAGGCUUUAGAAUUUUGAGUUCCAGCAACACCAGCUCAUGCGACUGGUCACCCUUGGACGAUAACAUCGAGGUUUUCUUGCCACCUUAUGCUGGCAAGUCCACAUCAAGGGAAGAUGUUAAUGCCUAUAUCGACCGGAUUCUUCACGGCCCAUCUACAAAGAAAAGGUUGCCUGCAUUCACAAGGUUCUUCCCAUAGGAGGAACAGGAACAGCCCCUCUCACCUCUCUUCCAUCGCAGGUUUGAGCUUAAAUUUGCAGGUAUGCUUAUUGUUCACCUCCGUUUUUCAGAACCAUGUUCAUUAACCACAUCCCAUUCAUUACAGAGUCCUUCAUCAGCAGUAAGUCCGUAUGAUUUUGUUCGACUGCUAGUUGCUGUAAACACGAACAUACAUAGAUAUCCUUGUACUUAACUGCCGUGCGUUGGACGAUCUAACAAGAAGCGUGGAAGAAUGAUAGACCGACUGUAAAUAAGUUGGAAGACCAGACUCAUGGCUGCAGAGCACGGUUAGUUCUUCCUUUUGCUUUCUGUAUAAAUGUAGUAUUUUCCU